AGAACAGAUGACUAUACGAUUUGUAUCUGUUAUUUGCGCAUUGUUGAGGUGAUAGAUAUUAUCACUAGUUCGUCAGUGUAGUUAACUAAGUGAUUAUAUUAACUGUGUUGUGUAUUAACGUUUGGCUGAACAGUACAAUCGAAACUAGAUUUGUUUUAAUUGUGCACGUGAAAAGUGUUUAAACAAUGGCUACUGUGUAUAUGUCAGAGUUUGCUGAUGACGAAACUCCCGCAUCUUUCGAUUACGGAGAUUCUGAGAUCAUGAGUGAGGAAAGUCAUCCCAGAACUCUGUACGUAGGCAACUUGGAUGCUUCUGUCUCAGAAGAUCUUGUGUGUGCCUUAUUUUCCCAGAUUGGACCUGUCAAAGGCUGUAAAAUUAUUCGCGAGGGAUUGUUGCUGAUCAUUGAAGGAGAUAGGCUCCUUGUACUGUUGUGCUCAUUCUUGACUUGUGAAUCUUGAUGAUCAUAACGGAACGUGCUUUGAGUAGAGAGCCGUAAGGUUUGUGGUUCAUGGGUUAAUAGACACUGUUUCAUAUUGAAGAUUGUGAAAUGAAGAAUGUUUCCAAACAAAAGAGAUCUUUACAUUAGAUAUGUAUGAAGAAAGAAGUUUAUAUUCUACAAUGAGAAAAACAAAACAUAAAGUUCUAAAAUAGAAGAAAAAAAUGUUACCAUAGAGAAUGUGUAAUUUUAUUAACAUGCAAUAUCUGGGAACAUUCCAAUGAGAUGGGUUUCCUCUAUCAUCAAGAACUGUUCUCUAAAACGAGAGAUAGUGGUGCAUGUUUGAGAAUUGAAAUAAUUAUUUUCUAAUUUUGAGUUUAUUAAAAAUAUUGAUAAUUAAAUACCUUAAACAAUGUUUAAUGUGGACUAAAAAAAACACUGUUCAUUGCUUCAAAAUUUAAAUUUUGAAUGAAUUUAAAAAAAAGUGAAGUUUAAAAUGAAUUUAAAAAAAUAAUAUUAAUGUUAGUUAAUUUAAAGUUAUAGAAAUGUUACUAGUAUUACACCUAAAGUAUUGAUGCACUUAAAGGUACAUAAACAUUUUUGUGGUAGGUUCUGAAUGAAUGUGAUAAAACUGUGUGACAGGUAGAAUUGAAUAUUUGUGAGUUGGUUUGUAAUGUUAAUGGAGUAGCUAUGAAUGGAGUGAAGAGAAUGCAGAUAAUUGCUGAAAUACAUUUUCCCCCUUAUUUUUAGUUCAUAAACUAAAUAAUGUUUUUGUUGUUUUCAUGCUAAAGUAGAUGCUAGUGGUAGCAAGUUCAAUUUUUUAAAAUUUAUUUUAAAUUUAUUAUGUUCAUCUGAGAUUUUAUUAUUUUCACAUUAUGUGUAGUCAACAAACAUGACAACAUCUUGUGUAAGAAUUUAAUCAAUGUUCUCUCAAAGUAAACUGCAUUUGAGUUGAUGCUGGAAGGAAAACAUUUAUUAAAUGUCAAAUUCCAGGAAACUUCUUGUAUUUAGAGUAAAUAUUUUGGAGAGUUCAUUAAUUGAAUUGCUACCAGGGACUUCAUGACUUGUUGACUUUUUUUAAUUUUUGCUCAUAGUACAUAUUGAUAGCAUAGGAACCAACAUUUGGUUUGUUGGUGACAUAGCUUCUAGGCAUUCUACAGUCUAGAAUUUACAUGAUACUAUUGUGGUUCUGUGCUGGAUUUUAAUAAUAAAGAGAUACAUGGACA